UCAGUGAGUAAUCAUCCCAAAUUUGUGUACCAGCAAGGAUAUUGCUUGGAUACAAUUCAAACGCAAGUUGUGAAUUAGAAACGUAGUACAUGAGUAGUGGCAGUUAAAAGUGAUUUAGUGCCUAUUACCAACAAAAACGCACAAACGGAUUAAAAGUGAUUACGUAUACUUGGUUCAAUACAAGAAAAAGGACUAUACAUAAAAAUGCAAUCUCCAAUCAGUUCUCCCGAGCUAAUGGAUCCUCGGUACAAUCAUCUACGCAUUCCAGCCUCAUCGAGCCGCAUUCUAUACGACGUUCCGUGCAAGGUAUGCCGCGAUCACAGUUCCGGAAAACAUUACGGAAUUUAUGCGUGCGAUGGAUGCGCCGGUUUCUUCAAACGGUCGAUUCGUCGAAGCCGACAAUAUGUUUGCAAAUCCAAGUCGGAAAUCCCGUGCAUCGUCGACAAAACCCAUCGUAAUCAGUGCCGAGCUUGCCGGUUGAAAAAAUGUUUCGAAGUUGGCAUGAACAAGGAUGCGGUCCAGCACGAACGGGGUCCCCGCAGUUCGACCCUUCGCAAACAAAUGGCCCUGUUCAUCGCAAAGGAUACGCCUCUACGCCACGAGAUGAUGAUCCCGCCACCACAUGCGCUGUCACAAACGCCUAUGGGACUCGAUUUGACCAUUCCCAGAAACACCUAUCUGAGCCCACAGUCGAUGGUUCAUCCGACACUAUUUCCUGCCAUGCAAUCUCCACAUCCACUGAUCGCUGCCGACGCUAUUCGGGAAUCAGCAGCACAGCUUCUAUUCAUGAAUGUGAACUUUUUGAAAAACUUGGUGCCCUUCACAAAACUCCCGCUCGAUGAUCAACUGGUGCUGUUCGAGGAAUCUUGGCGCGAGUUUUUCAUUCUGGCCGUCGCUCAGUACCUUUUACCGAUCAACUUUAAUCAUUUGCUAAUGGCUUAUGGAUACCUAAACAACAACCGAGGCGAUCCCAUCUCCGAGGGCAUUAUCCGAGAGAUCGAAAUCUUCCAGGAAAUUCUAGCCCAAAUAGUAGCUCUUCGAGUGGACAGCAACGAGUUUGUCUAUCUUAGAGCAGUUGUUCUGUACAAAACCGAGUUUGACCCCGAAAGUAGCAUGUCAAGCAGCAGCAGUGACGGGUCGGAUAUCAUUUCUUCCACCUCCAAGACCAUCCAAGAAGUGGCCACCGUACGUGCCCUGGAGGAAAAUGCCAAGGAAGCUCUAGCGAACUACAUCCGCACCUGUCGUCCCAUUCCAGCCGAACGCUAUCGGAUAUUGAUGCAAUUCUUGCCAGCGCUUAGGAACGUUUCUACCUACACCAUUGAGGAACUGUUCUUCCGACGAAACAUCGGACCUGCACCCCUACUUAAGUUACUGUUGGAUUUCUACCGCCAGAAAUAGGUUUUCAACAGCGCAAUCCACACCCACCUCAAUAAAUCGAUCCGCUCCUGGUCGACCGGAUCGUUAAACACUGUGAUUAAGAACUUGUAAAUAUUAAUUUGUAAUUCGCAUACGAAAUCAAAGAAUUUUAUUUAACAAAGACGAUGUUCAUUUUAAGCUCUUUCGG